AUGGCGCGAGGGGCAGAUCCUGCCUCUGUCCAGAGGGUCAGCGGCAGCGAUCUGUCGACGAAGUUGUUCAUCGAGCAGUAUGCUGCAGUGGGCAGGCCGGUCAUUCUUCUGGACCUGGUCUCCUCAUGGCCUGCAUACUCACAAUGGCGGUGUGCAGAUGGCGGGCCGAACCUCCAAAAGCUUGCCGAAGACUUCCAAGGGGUGACGGGCCCAGUGGUCGACUGCGGCCAUGACUAUGACAUUCAAUCAUGGGACGUGGGCGACUACUUCCGCUGGGCCGCGGGCACCGUCCCUCCGGAAGGGGCGCUUUACCUCAAAGAUUGGCACCUGGUAGACGCUUGCCGCUCCCUUGGCCUAGAGGUGCCUUAUGAAGCCCCCGACUACCUGUCGGCGCCGGUGCACGAUUGGCUGAACCUGCACAUGGACAGAGCCACUGGAAAGGAUGACUAUCGCUUCUCCUAUGUGGGAGUUGCGGGAACUCGCACGCCACUGCACCACGACGUGCUGUUCUCCCAUUCCUGGUCCGCCAACAUCUGUGGCCGGAAGCACUGGAUCUUCUACCCGCCGGAUGUUAGCCAGAAGCUUCUGGACUCGUUCGGGAAUGCGGCCGAGAGCGCCCAGCCGCAGCGCCGUUGCGAAGGCUGGUGGCAGCGCUUUCCAGGGCUCCAGGAGGCCUGGGACCGCAGGCUAGAGGCCUUCCAAGAGGAAGGGGAGCUGAUGUUUGUGCCCAGCGGCUGGUAUCACGAGGUGGAGAACCUCACUAUGACGAUCUCCAUCAACCACAACUGGCUUAAUGCCUCGAAUGCGGUGCAAGUGUGGACAUUUCUUCGGUCCGAGUGGCAGUCUGUCCGCGAAAAGAUCGGAGACUUGCAGGACACCUUCGACUCACCGGACGAGUUCCUAGAACAGUGCCAGGUCCUGAUGAGAGCGAAUUGUGGAAUGGAUGUUCCUGGAACCUGCCGGAGAGGAGUUGUGGGUGCUGGAGUGGGUGGAGGACAAGCUAAGAGCCGUGUCCGAAAGCAGCCUGGCCGACACUGCUGCCGGCGCGACAAAGCGAUCGCGCGAAGCGGCGGAAAGCUUGACUGA